AUGGCGGGCGCGGACGAACCCGGCAACGAGACAGCUCAUCAGACUUCAAGCAAAACAUCAGACUUCCGCGAGCCACGCGAUACGCACCAACGACUAGGACUAAAGCUCCAGAGCUCGCGGUGGUCGAACUUCACUGUGCCGAAAAAGGAUGACAUUGAUGAAGCAAAGCCAUCUACUCCGCCACGAAAAGUCAAAUCUCCUUUGCCGAAACUGGCGAAGCAUCAAAGAGUCAAACCGACAGCAAUCAAAAGCAAAGAAAACCAAGGUAUUCGGAAUCCCGCGGGUAGCGCAAAGCCCACGAAAACAAACCCUAGCUUGCUGAACGUCAUGGAAAAGAUCAAAGACUUAUACCAAUACCAAAAGAUCGAGGACCAUCAGGUUCGCCUGCUCAUCAUCAAAGCCGGACAAGAUGACGAUGACGUCAAUGCGAUACUUCAAGUCGUUGAUGAGGAUGAGUUAGGAACCGACGAUUAUUGUUAUGAGGCUCUCUCUUACCACUGGGGCGAAGGCGAAGAGCUGCAUAGCAUUAUCAUCAACGACGAAUGGAGUACAGAGCCCAUAAGAGAUUUCACAGCUGCAGUUCAAAGUGCAACAAAAGUCCUCCAUGCCAAGCGCCUAUAUGUACGGUCAAACCUGCAUAGCGCUCUGAAACGCCUGAGGGCUCAGGAUAGGUCGGUGGCUCUUUGGGUAGAUGCACUCUGCAUCAAUCAGGAUAAUGAGAUCGAAAAGACAACGCAGAUUUUGAAGAUGAACACGAUAUACCGAAAGGCUUACAACGUCUGUGUCUGGCUGGGUAUGGACGAUGCGGACUUUCAUUCCAGUAAAGCGAUGGCGUUUAUCAAGGAAGUUGUCGACCUGAGCAAGCUGAACGACCUACUCACCGACGACCGGUACAUUCCUCAGUGGGCGAGUCUAUUCCAAUUACUCAAAUGGAGCUGGUUUUCACGACGUUGGGUAAUCCAGGAACUAGCACUGGCGCAGGAAGCGACGGUCCACUGUGGUCAAUCCCAAGUCCAUUGGGAAGAUUUUAGGGACGCCAUCGGAAUUUUCCAUCGCUACUUCAAGUCUUUGCAACCCAGAAUACGAGACCCAAAGCUCGGUGGCAGCCCAAUAUCGGAUCUGGAGCCUCUUGGCGCAAAGCUCCUUGUGGAGAUGACUAGUAAUCUAUUCCGACGCAAAUCCAACGGCUCAUCUGAAUCAACUAUGAGCUUGGAAAAACUGGUCUCUCAAUUAUCCACCUUUAACACAUCUGAUCCUCGAGACACCAUCAAUAGUUUGCGCAACAUUUCCAAGGAGUUGAGCCAUAAGCUCAAGGGCUCAAGGACGAGUCGUUCUAGCUCUCCCGCCCGUAAGGAGCCCCCAGUACCUAACUAUACACUGGAUCUCUUCGAAGUCUAUCGAGAUUUUAUUGCAUGGGUGGUAGAACAAUCAGAAUCUCUAGACAUCAUCUGUCGUCAUUGGGCUUUGAAAGAGAAAGAGAGACAACUCGACAAUGGUCCGACAGCUGCACCGAGGCUCGUAGAACUACCAUCCUGGAUCCUCACGGCAGAGGAUGGAUCUUAUGGAUUCGGCGAGGCAGUUUUCAGAGGCCGCAAGGCUGGCGACAGUUUUGUCGGCCUUCCUGGCGAAGCAUCGUACGCCGCUUCUGGCCGCACUACGCCCAACGUUCGCUUCGGGAAAAGUAGUGCGAAGGAAUCAUCGCCAAGUCCCAUGCCAGGUUCUAACGCCAAUGCCAUUACACAUGAUACGUCUUUGAUAGUCAUGGGUUAUCUCAUCGGCACGGUUCGCUGGCGUUCAUCACCUAUACGAUCCGGUAUCAUUCCCCAGAAGGGCCUAGAAAAGCUAGGGUGGAUUGAACAAGAUCCUCCGGAAAACAGACGAGUACCCGACCAGCUCCGUCGAACAUUGGUCGCCGGACGUGGACCCAACGGCACAGAUAUACCGACAUAUUACUCUCGAGCUUGCAACUACUGCCUACUGAACGAGACCCCAAACGGCGAUAUUAACAUCGAUGAACUGUUACGCGCAAACGAAGAUGUAUCGCCGCAGAGCAUCGUCAAAGACUACCUGGAGCGGGUUCAAGCGGUGACAUCUAACAGGGUGAUUCUCCAAGGAUGUUCGCCAAUAUCGCACUCUGUCCCACCAUCGCCAAUUUCACCUGGUGUACAUAGGGCUUUGGACGACCUGGUAGGGCUUGGGCCGUUGGAAACUGAAAAGGACGAUGUCAUUGCAAUCUUCCAUGGAUGUAGCGUGCCUGUUAUCUUGUCUCCCUUGAGGAUGGGCAACUACCUUGAACCACAAGAAUACAAGUUCCUCGGCGAAGCCUACAUCGAUGGCAAAAUGGAUGCAGAGUGCAUGUCGGAAGGGCAUGAGUUGAUGGAAUUUGUGUUGCACUGA